CUUAAUAAUGACUUAUACAUAUGUAUAUUUAAUAUUUUUAGAAUUCUCCAUCCAACACAUACUACGAUAUGUCCGAUUAUGUAAAAUCCACUCCACAUAAAUCAAUGCGCGACGUGCACAACAAUGAUCAUCAUCUACAAUUGUGUCAAGAGUGCAAAAUGCAUGAAGCGCGCUUUGUAUGCGCCGGUUGUGGCAAUCAAUGGUAUUGUAGUAGGGAGUGUCAGGUUAAUGCUUGGGAUAACCAUUCAGAAGUCUGCAGCGAGUGAAGAUUUGGAAAAAAAAAA